AUGAAUACCACAGGAUCAGCAGGACCUGUGAAAGGAGAAACUGUUGCCAAAUUGAAGGUUGCCAUCAAUGGUUUCGGACGAAUUGGCAGGAACUUCCUCCGUUGUUGGCAUGGACGCAAGGACUCACCACUAGAUGUCGUUGUCGUCAAUGACAGUGGUGGUGUCAAGAAUGCAUCUCACUUGCUUAAGUAUGAUUCCAUGUUGGGAACAUUCAAGGCUGAUGUGAAAAUAGUGGAUAAUGAAACCAUUAGUGUUGAUGGAAAGAACAUUAAGGUUGUCUCUAUCAGGGAUCCUCUUAAGCUUCCAUGGGCUGAACUUGGUAUUGACAUUGUUAUUGAGGGAACCAGUGUGUUUGUUGAUGGUCCGGGUGCUGGGAAGCACAUCCAAGCUGGUGCCAAGAAAGUUAUCAUUACUGCUCCAGCAAAAGGUGCUGACAUUCCUAUCUAUGUUGUUGGAGUGAAUGAACAAGACUACUCUCACGAGGUUGCCAAUAUCGUAAGCAAUGCCUCUUGCACCACCAACUGCUUGGCCCCUUUUGCAAAAUUCCUGGAUGAAGAAUUUGGUAAGCAGCAAAUUAAUACUGUUGAAAACAUUGUUCAAAUUUAUGUGGUUUUAAAUGUUCGACUAUUUAUAUCAUCGGAAACAGACUCUCUGCCUUCACAAGGUAUUGUUAAGGGAACUAUGACAACAACUCACUCUUACACCGGAGAUCAGGUAAUCAUGAUAUAUGAUACAAAAGGGGAAUUUUUGAAACGUGCACCUUACAAUGACACUGAAUAG